CCGCCUCCUCCCGGAAGAAAGAUGGCCGCGGCCUGACCCCAGUCUGGUCCGAGGCGUCGCAGGCGCUGGGUCCACUCUCGGGUCACGGGCGCGGGAGGGCGGCCGGCCAUGGCGCGUCCCCGGCCCCCCCUCUGCCUCUGGCUCCUGGGCGGUGUCCUCCUGUUGGACGCGGCUGCACGGCCCACCAACCACUCAUCAGCCCGGGAUGAGAACGAGCUCGUGCCGCCCGACCACCUGAACGGGGUGAAGCUGGAGAUGGACGGGCACCUCAACAAGGACUUCCACCAGGAAGUCUUCCUGGGCAAGGAUGUGGACGGCUUCGAGGAGGACGCUGCACCACGCCGCAGCCGCAGCAAGCUCGUGCUCAUCUUCUCCAAGGUGGACGUGAACGCAGACGGGAAGGUCAGUGCCAAGGAGAUGCAGCGCUGGAUCAUGGAGAAGACGGCCGAGCACUUCCAGGAGGCUGUCCGGGAGAACAGGAUGCACUUCCGGGCCGUGGACCCCGAUGGCGACGGCCGUGUGUCAUGGGACGAGUACAAAGUGAAGUUCCUGGUCAGUAAAGGCCACAGUGAGAAGGAGGUCGCCGCUGCCCUGCAGAGCAAACAGGGGCUCCAGGUGGACGAGGAGACACAGGAAGCCCUUGAGAACCUCAAGGACCGCUGGUACCAGGCGGACAACCCCCCUGCUGACCUGCUGCUGACCGAGGAGGAGUUCCUGUCCUUCCUGCACCCCGAGCACAGCCGUGGCAUGCUCAGGUUCAUGGUCAAGGAGAUCAUCCGUGACCUGGACCAGGAUGGGGACAAGCGGCUCUCGCUGCCCGAGUUCAUCUCCCUGCCCGUGGGCACCGUGGAGAACCAGCAGGGUCAGGACAUGGACGACAGUUGGGUGAGGGACAGGAGGAAGGAGUUUGAGGACCUCAUCGACUCCAACCACGACGGGGUUGUGACCUCGGAGGAGCUGGAGAGCUACAUGGACCCCCUGAACGAGUACAACGCCCUCAACGAGGCCAAGCAGAUGAUCGCCAUCGCCGACGAGAACCAAAACCAGCACCUGGAGCUCGAGGAGAUCCUCCGCUACAGCGAGUUCUUCACGGGCAGCAAGCUCAUGGACUACGCGCGCAACGUGCACGAGGAGUUCUGAGGGCGUGGGAAAGCGCCGUUCCUGCGGUGUCCUCGGUGGCGCGCUGGCGGGGAGUGGCCCCGGUCCCGCAGGUGUCGCCGGGUGCAGUGCAGACAGGGGUUGUGACAGAAGUCACAUUAAUUUAAAAUACAGUUGCCUUUUUCUCUCCA